AUGGGAAGAAUUUGCUCUCUUAAGGUUCUUUGCAGAUGGAUUUUGAGUGUUAAGAAGAAUUAUCGGAAGAACGUUGCCUAUCAUAAUUGGAGACAUGCCUUUAACACAGCUCAGUGCAUGUUUGCUGCUCUAAAAGCAGGCAAAAUUCAGAACAAGCUGACCGACCUAGAGAUACUUGCAUUGCUAAUCGCUGCACUCAGCCAUGAUUUGGAUCACCGUGGUGUGAACAACUCAUACAUACAGAGAAGCGAGCACCCACUUGCUCAGCUCUACUGCCACUCAAUCAUGGAGCAUCAUCACUUUGACCAAUGCUUGAUGAUUCUCAAUAGUCCCGGCAACCAGAUUCUUAGUGGCCUCUCCAUUGAAGAAUACAAGACCACAUUGAAAAUAAUCAAGCAAGCUAUUUUAGCUACAGACCUAGCACUAUACAUUAAGAGGCGAGGAGAAUUUUUUGAACUUAUAAGAAAAAAUCAAUUCAAUUUAGAAGAUCCUCAUCAAAAGGAGCUAUUUCUGGCAAUGCUGAUGACAGCUUGUGAUGUUUCUGCAAUUACAAAACCCUGGCCUGUUCAACAACGGAUAGCAGAACUUAUAGCAACUGAAUUUUUUGACCAAGGAGACAGAGAGAGAAAAGAACUCAACAUAGAGCCCACUGAUAAUUCCAAGAAGAGAACAUAG